AUGUCACUAACUACUCUUCAAACUUAUAAUUUUCACACAGUUGCUUAUGCUCAUGCUCAACCCUAUGGCUUGCUUAUGAGCCCUGGUCCUCCUUCACCAUUUACAGUUAUUGGCACUUCAAAUACUCAAACUGCACCUCAGUCAUCAUCCACAGGAAUUGAAGAACAAGAAGAACCGUUAUAUGUUAAUGCUAAACAAUACCAUAGAAUUUUAAAACGAAGAGCAGCCAGAGCUAAAUUAGAGUCUGAAAAUAAAAUAAAUAGAGGUCGAAAGAAAUAUCUUCACGAGUCUCGUCAUAAGCAUGCAAUGAGGCGUCCACGUGGACCUGGCGGGAGAUUUCUCACAGCAUCAGAAAUUGCAGAGUUAGAAAGAAAAAAGAAACCAGAGGAUGUUGCUCAAGAACUACAAUUGGGAGAUCAGCAACAGCAUCAUCUUGAUGCCCAUUUUCGCUUUGCGUUUCCUCCAACUAGAAGUUCUAAUUUAACAUUCACCGCUAUUCCUCCUUGCGGUGGAGCUGACUUUAAUAGUAGUUCACUCACUAAUUUUCCAAUUAAGGGUGGCCAAGCCAUAGUUUAUAUUGGACAUGGAGAAGGAGACUUUAUAAUUAAUUAUUAUGAUACUCCAGUAUCAGAACUUCAGACUGUUAACGUCACAGAAGGUAAAGGAGGUAUGAAUUAUACAGCAUCCAUUGAUUUUUCAAAAACAAAUGCAACAGUCGGUAGUCAUGGCAUACUCCAAGCCAUAUUCAAAUCAUCAACCAACGCCUCAGUUAUUUGGUAUAAUUGUGCUGAUAUCAAUAUUGUCGAGCAAGCGAAAACAAGUAGCGCCACUAAAUCUAUAAUCCAAUUCUUUGAACAGCAUUCUCUUCUUCUUAUAUUCUCUUUUAGUGUCAUAUUUUCUUGGAGUUGGAAUUAUUAA